AUAGUUCACCGUCUUCCGUAUGAUGAAAUAGAAAAGAUAGUGGAGUAAAGGUAGGCUGAAAAGGUUUACCAGCUAAUAAAUUAUCUCUUAAACUAUAAUCUGAUACUGAUUAAACUGUUUGCCAACUCGGCAUGAUUGGUGUCAGAAUGGUGGCGCUGCAGGGAUUGCUAACGUGUGGUUGCUUAGCUAGCUACAGUAACUAACUUUCACUGACAGUCCAUGAAUAUGCAUCAUCUAUUUGUCAGGUUUCGUAAAACCAAAACAAUACAUAACGUUAGUCCAGUUAAAACCAUUGUGAUUUCAGUUUACACAGAAACACGAACCAGCGUGUUUUAAAUCUCUACAGAUUCGCAAAGUCUGAAGUCUGCUUUUUAGUUUUUUGUCUUAACCGGCAGGGUUUCUAACUAUACACACUAACAGUUGUGUUUCUCGAUGAUUCUCAGGUAGCCUAACCCUGCUAGCUGGUAAGAUGGAGACCAGUGAGGCCGGGGACAGGGCCAGGUCCGGGGGACAGAGUUUAGGAGCAGGCUCCUUGGUGGCAGAGGAGAACUACUUCCUAGGUUACACAUUUACAGACCGCUCCCACUCCAGCCGCGUGGUGCAGAGCAUCAUGGACCUGUGUCUGCAGGUAAGGAAUCAUAAUUAAACUUUCUCUGAUUCCUCGCAUCCUAUCUCCUCGUCUCCUCAACCUUAUUAGACGUGAAGAUUCCCUCCCCUCAGACCUUCUUCUCCAAUGGGUUUUGAGGAGGCGGCAAGGGGAGAGGAUGGGAGUAAUCGAGGAAAGAUGAAUUGAGAAAGGGCAGAGGAAUCAUACACGCUCCAUUCAGUUUAAAUGAAAUUUCCCAGUGCAGCAUUAGUUUCGGGGUUAUAAUGACAUUGACGGUUCCUCCAUCUUAUAUCCCUGUGUCUUCAGGAUGGGCUGUUUGCUGACGUGACGGUGAUGGUGGAGGGGAGGGAUUUUAACCUGCACCGCCUGGUACUGUCAGCCCAGAGCAGCUUCUUUAGAUCCAUGUUCACAUCCAACCUGAGAGAGGCUCACACACGCAGCAUCCAACUGAAGGACGUCAGGUAGGAAGUCUAGGUUAGAGAGGUUCAGACAGCGUCCAACUGAAGGACGUCAGGUAGGAAGUCUAGGUUAGAGAGGUUCAGACAGCGUCCAACUGAAGGACGUCAGGUAGGAAGUCUAGGUUAGAGAGGUUCAGACAGCAUCCAACUGAAGGACGUCAGGUCAGCGUCCAACUGAAGGACGUCAGGUAGGAAGUCUAGGUUAGAGAGGUUCAGACAGCGUCCAACUGAAGGACGUCAGGUAGGAAGUCUAGGUUAGAGAGGAUCAGACAGCAUCCAACUGAAGGACGUCAGGUCAGCGUCCAACUGAAGGACGUCAGGUAGGAAGUCUAGGUUAGAGAGGUUCAGACAGCGUCCAACUGAAGGACGUCAGGUCAGCGUCCAACUGAAGGACGUCAGGUAGGAAGUCUAGGUUAGAGAGGUUCAGACAGCGUCCAACUGAAGGACGUUUAGGUAGGAAGUCUAGGUUAGAGAAAGGUUCACAGCAUCCAACUGAAGGACGUCAGGUAGGAAGUCUAGGUUAGAGAGAUCAGACAGCAUCCAACUGAAGGACGUCAGUCAGCGUCCAACUGAAGGACGUCAGGUAGGAAGUCUAGGGUAGAGAGGUUCAGAACAGCGUCCAACUGAAGGACGUCAGGUCAGCGUCCAACUGAAGGACGUCAGGUAGGAAGUUAGGUUAGAGAGGUUCAGACAGCGUCCAACUGAAGGACGUCAGGUAGGAAGUCUAGGUUAGAGAGGAUCAGACAGCAUCCAACUGAAGGACGUUUAGGUCCAGCGUCCAACUGAAGGACGUCAGGUAGGAAGUCUAGGUUAGAGAGGUUCAGACAGCGUCCAACUGAAGGACGUCAGGUCAGCGUCCAACUGAAGGACGUCAGGUAGGAAGUCUAGGUUAGAGAGGUUCAGACAGCGUCCAACUGAAGGACGUCAGGUAGGAAGUCUAGGUUAGAGAGGAUUCAGACAGCAUCCAACUGAAGGACGUCGGUCAGCGUCCAACUGAAGGACGUCAGGUAGGAAGUCUAGGUUAGAGAGGUUCAGACAGCGUCCAACUGAAGGACGUCAGGUCCAGCGUCCAACUGAAGGACGUCAGGUAGGAAGUCUAGGUUAGAGAGGUUCAGACAGCGUCCAACUGAAGGACGUCAGGUAGGAAGUCUAGGUUAGAGAGGUUCAGACAGCAUCCAACUGAAGGACGUCAGGUCAGCAUCCAACUGAAGGACAUCAGGUAGGAAGUCUAGGUUAGAGAGGUUCAGACAGCGUCCAACUGAAGGACGUCAGGUCAGCGUCCAACUGAAGGACGUCAGGUAGGAAGUUAGGUUAGAGAGGUUCAGACAGCAUCCAACUGAAGGACGUCAGGUAGGAAGUCUAGGUUAGAGAGGAUCAGACAGCAUCCAACUGAAGGACGUCAGGUCAGCGUCCAACUGAAGGACGUCAGGUAGGAAGUCUAGGUUAGAGAGGUUCAGACAGCAUCCAACUGAAGGACGUCAGGUAGGAAGUCUAGGUUAGAGAGGUUCAGACAGCGUCCAAAUGAAAGGAGGUCAAAAAGUCAGCGUCCAACUGAAGGACGUCAGGUAGGAAGUCUAGGUUAGAGAGGUUCAGACAGCGUCCAACUGAAGGACGUCAGUAGGAAGUCUAGGUUAGAGAGGUUCAGACAGCGUCCAACUGAAGGACGUCAGGUAGGAUAGUCUAGGUGGGUUAGUUGGGGAGGAUUUAGACAGCAUCCAACUGAAGGACGUCAGGUAGGAAGUCUAGGUUAGAGAGGUCAGACAGCGUCCACUGAAGGACGUCAGGUAGGAAGUCUAGGUUAGAGAGGUUCAGACAGCGUCCAACAAAUGGGAAAGGACGUUAAGGGUUCCAGCGUCCAAUGAAGGACGUCAGGUAGCGUCCCAAUGAAGGACGUCAGGUAGGAAGUUAGGUUGGAGAGGAUCAGACAGCGUCCAACUGAAGGACGUCAGGUAGGAAGUCUAGGUUAGAGAGGCUCAGACAGCGUCCAACUGAAGGACGUCAGGUAGGAAGUCUAGGUUAGAGAGGUUCAGACAGCGUCCAACUGAAGGACGUCAGGUAGGAAGUCUAGGUUAUAGAGGUUCAGACAGCGUCCAACUGAAGGACGUCAGGUCAGCGUCCAACUGAAGGACGUCAGGUCAGCGUCCAACUGAAGGACGUCAGGUAGGAAGUCUAGGUUAUAGAGGUUCAGACAGCGUCCAACUGAAGGACGUCAGGUCAGCGUCCAACUGAAGGACGUCAGGUAGGAAGUCUAGGUUAGAGAGGUUCAGACAGCAUCCAACUGAAGGACGUCAGGUAGGAAGUCUAGGUUAGAGAGGUUCAGACAGCAUCCAACUGAAGGACGUCAGGUAGGAAGUCUAGGUUAGAGAGGUUCAGACAGCAUCCAACUGAAGGACGUCAGGUCACGUCCAACGAAGGAUCUCAGGUAGAAGUCUAGGUUAAGAGGUUCAGACAGCAUCCAACUGAAGGACGUCAGUAGGAAGUCUAGGUUAGAGAGGCAACAGGCCAACUGAAGGACGUCAGGUAGGAAGUCUAGGUUAGAGAGGUUCGACGCUCAACUGAAGGAUUCAGGUCAGCGUCCAACUGAAGGACGUCAGGUAGGAAGUCUAGGUUAGAGAGGUCGAACAGCAGCAUCCAACUGAAGGACGUCAGGUAGGAACGUCUAGGUUAGAGAGGUUCAGACAGCAUCCAACUGAAGGACGCAGAGGAAGUCUAGUUAGAGAGGUCAGACAGGUCCAACUGAAGGACGUCAGGUCAGCGUCCAACUGAAGGAGUUCAGGUCAGCGUCCAACUGAAGGACGUCAGGUAGGAAGUCUAGGUUAGAGAGGCUCAGACAGCGUCCAACUGAAGGACGUCAGGUAGGAUGUCUAGGUUAGAGAGGUUCAGACAGCGUCCAACUGAAGAGUCAGUAGAAGUCUAGGUUAGAGGGUUCAGCAGCUCCAACUGAAGGACGUCAGGUCAGCGCCCAAGAAGGACGUCAGGUAGGAAGUUAGGUUAGAGACGCAGAGUCCAACUGAAGGAGUCGUCAGCGUCACGAGGAGUCAGUAGGAUAGGUUAGAGAGGUUCAGACAGCUCCAACUGAAGGACGUCAGGUAGGAAGUCUAGGUUAGAGAGGUUCAGACAGCUCCAACUGAAGGACGUCAGGUCAGCGUCCAACUGAGGAGAUAGGAAGUCAGGUUAGAAGGUUCAGCGUCCAACUGAAGGACGUCAGGUAGGAAGUCUAGGUUAGAGAGGUUCAGACAGGUCCAACUGAGGACUCAGGCAGCGUCCAACUGAAGGACUUCAGGUAGGAAGUCUAGGUUAGAGAGGUUCAGACAGCGUCCAACUGAAGGACGUCAGGUAGGAAGUCUAGGUUAGAGAGGUUCAGACAGCAUCCAACUGAAGGACGUCAGGUAGGAGUCUGGUUAGAGGUUCAAAGCAUCCAUGAAGGACGUAGGUCAGCGUAAUGAAGGACGUCAGGUAGGAAGUGGUUAGAGAGGAUCAGACAGGUCCAACUGAAGGACGUCAGGUCAGCGUCCAACUGAAGGAGUCAGGUAGGAAGCUAGGUUAGAGAGGUCAGACAGCGUCCAACUGAAGGACGUCAGGUAGGAAGUCUAGGUUAGAGAGGUUCAGACAGCGUCCAACUGAAGGACGUCAGUAGGAAGUCAGUUAGAGAGGUAGACAGCAUCCAACUGAAGGACGUCAGGUAGGAAGUCUAGGUUAGAGAGGUUCAGACAGCUCCAACUGAAGACGUCAGGUAGGAAGUCUAGGUUAGAGAGGUUCAGACAGCGUCCAACUGAAGGACGUCAGGUCAGCGUCCAACUGAAGGACGUCAGGUAGGAAGUCUAGGUUAGAGAGGUUCAGACAGCGUCCAACUGAAGGACGUCAGGUAGGAAGUCUAGGUUAGAGAGGUUCAGACAGCAUCCAACUGAAGGACGUCAGGUAGGAAGUCUAGGUUAGAGAGGUUUAAGGACACACCAAUGGACAUCAGUAGGAGUGUUAGGAGGUCAGUCAGCGUCCAACUUGAAGGACGUCAGGUAGGAAGUCUAGGUUAGAGAGGUUCAGACAGCAUCCAACUGAAGGACGUCAUAGGAAGUCUAGUUAUGAGGUUCAGACAGCGUCCAACUGUAAGGAGUCAGGUCAGCGUCCAACUGAAGGACGUCAGGUAGGAAGUCUAGGUUAGAGAGGUUCAGACAGUGUCCAACUGAAGGAUGUCAGGUAGGAAGUCUGGUUAGAGAGGUUCAGGACAUGUCCAACUGAAGGACGUCAGGUAGGAAGUCUAGGUAGAGAGGUUCAGACAGCGUCCAACUGAAGGACGUCAGGUAGGAAGUCUAGGUUAGAGAGGUUCAGACAGCAUCCAACGAAGGACGUCGGUAGGAGUUAGGUAGAGAGGUCAGACUCGUCCAACGAAGGACGUCAGGGUAGAAGUCUAGGUAGAGAGGUUCAACAGCAUCCAACUGAAGGACGUCCAGGUAGGAAGUCUAGGUUAGAGAGGUUCAGACAGCAUCCAACUGAAGGACGUCAGGUAGGAAGUCUAGGUUAGAGGUUAGACAGCGUCCAACUGAAGGACGUCAGGUAGGAAGUCUAGGUUAGAGAGGUUCAGACAGCGUCCAACUGAAGGACGUCAGGUCAGCGUCCAACUGAAGGACGUCAGGUGGAAGUCUAGGUUAGAGAGGUUCAGACAGCAUCCAACUGAAGGCGUCAGGUAGGAAGUUAGGUUGAGGGUUCAGACAGAUCCCAAUAAGGGGUCUAGGAAUUAGGUUUGAGAGGUUCGACGCGCCAACGAAGGGCGUCAGGUGGGGGUCUAGGGUUUAAAAGGUUCAGACAGUGUCCCAAAUGAAGGAGUCAGUAGGAAGUUUUGGUUAGAGGGUUCGACAUGCCCAAUGAAGGACGUCAGGUAGGAAGCUGGUUGGAGGUUUAGACAGCACCAAAGAAAGGGCUCAGGUAGGAAGUCUAGGUUAGAGAGGUUUUUAACAGUGUCCAACUGAAGGAUUUUCAGGUUUGGAAGUCUAGGUUGAGAGGGUUUAGACAUCGUCCAACGAAGGCGUCAGGGGGAGCUAGGUUGAGAGGUUUUAACGCACCAAACUUAAGGGGGUCAGGUAGGAAGUCUAGGUAGAGAGGUUCGAACCGCAUAUCCCCCGAAGGCGUCAGGUAGGAAGUCUAGGUGGAGGUUAGACAGCAUCCAACUGAAGGGCGUCGGUUGGGAAAUUAGGUUUGAGAGGUUCAGACGCAUCCAACUGAAGGACGUAGGUGAAGUCAGGGUUAGAAGGUUCAACAGCAUCCCAAUGAAGGACGUCGGGGCAGGCCAACUGAAGGACGCAGGUAGGAAAUCUAGGGUUUGAGAGGUUUAGAAACAUCCAAAAUGAAAGGGGUCAGGGGAGGAAUCUAGGUUUGAGAGGUUCAGCGCUCCAACUGAAGGACGUCAGGUAGGAAGUCUAGGUUUGAGGGUUUAGACAGCACCAAUGAAGGAGUCAGGUGGAAAUUGGUUAGAGAGGUUCAACAGCACCAACUGAAGGGGCGUCAGGUAGGAAGUCUAGGUUAGAGAGGGUUUGCAGCAUCCAACGAAAGGGCGUCAGGUAGGAAGUGGUUAGAGAGGUUCAGACAGAUCCAACUGAAGGGCGUUAGGUAGGGAAUCUAGGUUAGAGGUCAGACAUGCCAAAUGAAGGAGAGGUAGGAAAUUAGGUUUUGAGAGGUUCAGACGCAUCCAACUGAAGGACGUAGGUAGGGGAAAUCUAGGUUAGAGAGGUUUAGACGAUCCAAUGAAGGACACAGGUGGAAUCUAGGGUUAAAGGGGGUUCAGACAGCAUCCAACUGAAGGGCAUCAGGGAGGAAGUAGGUAGGGGGGUUUUAGCAGGUCCAACAAGGACCCCAGGUAGGAAGUUAGGUUAGAGAGGUUUAGACGCGUCCAAGAAGGGCGUCAGUAGGAAGUUAAUUAGAGGGCUCAGACAGCAUCCAAGAAGGGGUUUAGGGGAAGUCUGGUUAGGAGGUUCAACAGACCAAAUGAAAGGGCGUCAGGUAGGAAAUCUGGGUUUGAGGGUUUAACGCUCCAAGAAAGGGCGCAGGAGGGGAAGUCUAGGUUGAGAGGUUCGACCCAAAACCCAAUGAAGGAGCAGGUGGAAAUCUAGGUUUGGAGGGUUUAGACAGCAUCCAACGAAGGACUAGGUGGAAAUUUGGUUAAGAGGUUCAGCAGCAUCCAAUGAAGGACGUAGGUAGGGAAGGGGUAGGUUAGAGAGGUUCAGACAGCAUCCCAAAGAGGACGCAGGUAGGAAUUUUUGGUUUUGAGAGGUUUGACAGGUCCAAAUGAAAGGGCGUCUAGGAAACUAGGGAGAGGUUCAGACAGAUCCAAUGAAGGUUUUUAGGGACGUCCAAUGAAGGAUCAGGGAGGAAGUCAGGUUUAAGAGGUUAACAGGUCCAACUGAAAAGGGGUCAGGUGGAAGUCUAGGUUAAGAGGCUCACACACGACAUCCCAAUGAAGGGGUCAGGUAGGAAUCUGGUUAAGAGGUUUAACACCCGCACCAACGAAGGACGCAGGUAGGAAGUCUAGGUAGAGAGGCCACCACGCACAUCCAAAAUGAAGGGGUCAGGGAGGAAGUUGGUUAGAGAGGCUCACCACGCAAACCAACUGAAAGGGGGUGUAGGGAGGAAGUCUAGGUUUUGAGAGGUUUAGACGCAUCCAUGAAGGACGUAGGUAGGAAGUCUAGGUUAAAAGGUUCAGACAGAUCCAACUGAAAGGGGUCGGUCAGCGUCCAACUGAAGGAUCAGGAGGAAUCUGGUUUUGAGGGUUCAGAAGCAUCCAAAUAGGAGUCGGGGGAUUAUUGAGGGUUUAGACAGCAUCCAAAAUGAAGGUUUUCAGGUCACGUCCAACUGAAAGGGGUUUUUGGGGAGGAAGUUAGGUUUUGAGAGGGGUUUAACAGGGGUCCACUGAAGGACUCAGGUAGCGUCCAAAUGAAAGGGUGCGUAGGAAAGUCUAGGUUUGAGAGGUUUAACAGAUCCAACUGAAGGACGUCAGGUAGGAAGUCUAGGUUAGAGAGGUUCAGACAGCAUCCAACUGAAGGACGUCAGGUAGGAAGUCUAGGUUAGAGAGGUUCAGACACGUCCAACUGAAGGACGUCAGGUAGGAAGUCUAGGUUAGAGAGGUUCAGACACGUCCAACUGAAGGACGUCAGGUAGGAAGUCUAGGUUAGAGAGGUUCAGACAGCAUCCAACUGAAGGACGUUCAGGUAGGAGUCAGGUUAGAGAGGUUCAGACACGUCCAACUGAAGGACGUCAGGUAGGAAGUCUAGGUUAGAGAGGUUCAGACAGCAUCCAACUGAAGGACGUCAGGUAGGAAGUCUAGGUUAGAGAGGUUCAGACAGCAUCCAACUGAAGGAUGUCAGGUCAGCGGCCAACUGAAGGACGUCAGGUAGGAAGUCUAGGGUUAGAGAGGAGGUUCAGACAGCGUCCAACUGAAGGACGUCAGGUAGGAAGUCCUAGGUUAGAGAGGCUCCCCGACAGCAUCCACUGAGGACGUCAGGUAUGGAAGUCUAGGUUAGACGGGUUCAGACAGCGUCAACUGAAGGACGUCAGGUAGGAAGUCUAGGUUAGAGAGGUUCAGACAGCAUCCACUGAAGGACGUCAGUAGGAAGUCUAGGUUAGAGAGGUUCAGACAGCAUGCCAACUGAAGGACGUCAGGUAGGAAGUCUAGCUUAGAGGUUCAGACAGCAUCCAGACGUCAGUAGGAAGGCCUAGGUUAGGGGUUCAGACAGCGUCCAACUGAAGGACGUCAGGUAGGAAGUCUAGGUUAGAGAGGUUCAGACAGCAUCCAACUGAAGGACGUCAGGUAGGAAGUCUAGGUUAGAGAGGUUCAGACAGCAUCCAACUGAAGGACGUCAGGUAGGAAGUCUAGGUUAGAGAGGUUCAGACAGCAUCCAACUGAAGGACGUCAGGUAGGAAGUCUAGGUUAGAGAGGUUCAGACAGCAUCCAACUGAAGGACGUAGGUCAGCAUCCAACUGAAGGACGUCAGGUAGGAAGUCUAGGUUAGAGAGGUUCAGACAGCGUCCAACUGAAGGACGUCAGGUCAGCAUCCAACUGAAGGACGUCAGGUAGGAAGUCUAGGUUAGAGAGGUUCAGACAGCAUCCAACUGAAGGAUGUCAGGUCAGCGUCCAACUGAAGGACGUCAGGUAGGAAGUCUAGGUUAGAGAGGUUCAGACAGCGUCCAAACUGAAGGACGUCAGGUAGGAAGUCUAGGUUAGAGAGGUUCAGACAGCGUCCAACUGAAGGACGUCAGGUUCAGCGUCCAACUGAAGGAUGUCAGGUAGGAAGUCUAGGUUAGAGAGGUUCCGACAGGUCCAACGAAGGACGUCAGGUAGGAAGUCUAGGUUAGAGAGGUUCAGACAGCAUCCAACUGAAGGACGUCAGUGUAGGAAGUCCUAGGUUAGAGAGGUUUCAGACAUGUCCAACUGAAGGACGUCAGGUAGGAAGUCUAGGUUAGAGAGGUUCAGACAUCGUCCAACUGAAGGACGUCAGGUAGGAAGUCUAGGUUAGAGAGGUUCAGACAGCAUCCAACUGAAGGACGUCAGGUAGGAAGUCUAGGUUAGAGAGGUUCAGACAUCGUCCAACUGAAGGACGUCAGGUAGGAAGUCUAGGUUAGAGAGGUUCAGACAGCAUCCAACUGAAGGACGUCAGGUAGGAAGUCUAGGUUAGAGAGGUUCAGACAGCAUCCAACUGAAGGAUGUCAGGUCAGCGUCCAACUGAAGGACGUCAGGUAGGAAGUCUAGGUUAGAGAGGUUCAGACAGCGUCCAACUGAAGGACGUCAGGUAGGAAGUCUAGGUUAGAGAGGCUCACACACGCAGCAUCCAACUGAAGGACGUCAGGUAGGAAGUCUAGGUUAGAGAGGUUCAGACAGCGUCCAACUGAAGGACGUCAGGUAGGAAGUCUAGGUUAGAGAGGUUCAGACAGCAUCCAACUGAAGGACGUCAGGUAGGAAGUCUAGGUUAGAGAGGUUCAGACAGUGUCCAAACUGAGGACGUCGGUAGGAAGUCUAGCUUAGAGAGGUUCAGACAGCAUCCAAAUGAAGGAGUAGGGUCAGCGUCCAACUGAAGGACGUCAGGUAGGAAGUCGAGUUAGAGAGGUCAGACAGAUCCAACUGAGGACGUCAGGUAGGAAAGUCUAGGUAGAGAGGUUCGACAGCAUCCAAUGAAGGACGUAGGUAGGAAGUCUAGGUUAGAGAGGUUCACAGCAUCCAACUGAAGGCGUCAGGGUUAGGAAGUCUAGGUUUAGGAGGUUCCAGCAGCAUCCAACUGAAGGACGUUCCGGUAGGGUCUAGGUUAGAGAGGGUUCAGACAGCAUCCCAACUUGAAGGACGUCAGGUAGGAAGUCUAGGUUAGAGAGGUUCAGACAGCGUCCAACUGAAGGACGUCAGGUAGGAAGUCUAGGUUAGAGAGGUUCAGACAGCAUCCAACUGAAGGAUGUCAGGUCAGCGUCCAACUGAAGGACGUCAGGUAGGAAGUCUAGGUUAGAGAGGUUCAGACAGCGUCCAACUGAAGGACGUCAGGUAGGAAGUCUAGGUUAGAGAGGUUCAGACAGCGUCCAACUGAAGGACGUCAGGUAGGAAGUCUAGGUUAGAGAGGUUCAGACAGCGUCCAACUGAAGGACGUCAGGUAGGAAGUCUAGGUUAGAGAGGUUCAGACAGCGUCCAACUGAAGGACGUCAGGUAGGAAGUCUAGGUUAGAGAGGUUCAGACAGCGUCCAACUGAAGGACGUCAGGUAGGAAGUCUAGGUUAGAGAGGUUCAGACAGCAUCCAACUGAAGGACGUCAGGUAGGAAGUCUAGGUUAGAGAGGUUCAGACAGCAUCCAACUGAAGGAUGUCAGGUCAGCGUCCAACUGAAGGACGUCAGGUAGGAAGUCUAGGUUAGAGAGGUUCAGACAGCAUCCAACUGAAGGACGUCAGGUAGGAAGUCUAGGUUAGAGAGGUUCAGACAUCGUCCAACUGAAGGACGUCAGGUAGGAAGUCUAGGUUAGAGAGGUUCAGACAGCGUCCAACUGAAGGACGUCAGGUAGGAAGUCUAGGUUAGAGAGGUUCAGACAGCAUCCAACUGAAGGACGUCAGGUAGGAAGUCUAGGUUAGAGAGGUUCAGACAGCGUCCAACUGAAGGACGUCAGGUCAGUGUCCAACUGAAGGACGUCAGGUAGGAAGUCUAGGUUAGAGAGGCUCAGACAUCGUCCAACUGAAGGACGUCAGGUAGGAAGUCUAGGUUAGAGAGGUUCGAACACGCAGCAUCCAACUGAAGGACGUCAGGUCAGCGUCCAACUGAAGGACGUCAGGUAGGAAGUCUAGGUUAGAGAGGUUCAGACAUCGUCCAACUGAAGGACGUCAGGUAGGAAGUCUAGGUUAGAGAGGUUCAGACAGCGUCCAACUGAAGGACGUCAGGUAGGAAGUCUAGGUUAGAGAGGUUCAGACAGCAUCCAACUGAAGGACGUCAGGUAGGAAGUCUAGGUUAGAGAGGUUCAGACAGCGUCCAACUGAAGGACGUCAGGUCAGCGUCCAACUGAAGGACGUCAGGUAGGAAGUCUAGGUUAGAGAGGUUCAGACAGCGUCCAACUGAAGGACGUCAGGUCAGCGUCCAACUGAAUGACGUCAGGUAGGGCUGGUGGUCUCUCAUCCCUGGGACCAUCGCCUGCCGUUGUGCCCUUGAGCAUGGUACUUAACCCAUAAACUGCUCAACGCUCUGUUUCUCGCAAAUUGAACAAUAAAAGUCUAUUUUCUAUUGUAUUCAGCGCGUCAGUAUUCCAGCUGCUAGUAGACUACAUCUACCACGGGACAGUGAAGCUGACCGUGGAGGAACUGCAGGAGACCUAUGAGAUGGCUGACAUGUACCAGCUGACUGCUCUGUUUGAAGAAUGCUCCCGCUUCCUGUCACGCACCGUAGAUGUCAAGAACUGCCUACAGGUGAGCUGGGUUUCCAUUUCCUGGACCUGAUACAGCCAAUUGUUGGUGUCCGAAGUAAUGAGCGAAUGUGUGUCCCCUUUGUGGAUAGGAUUGACUCGGGUAGAAAUGUGAAUUCUGUUCGUCAAGGUACUGUAUCGGAUCUGUGUAGCUGCUGUCAAUCGGACCAUCUUGUCAUCUUGUUAUAAUAAUAAUAAUAAUAAUAAUAAUAAUAUAAUAAUAAUAUAAUAUGCCAUUUAGCAGACGCUUUUAUCCAAAGCGACUUACAGUCAUGUACGCAUACAUUUUUACGUAUGGGUGGUCCCGGGGAUCGAACCCACUACCUUGGCGUUACAAGCGCCGUGCUCUACCAGCUGAGCUCCAGAGGACCAAGCGCCGUGCUCUACCAGCUGAGCUACAGAGGACCAAGCGCCGUGCUCUACCAGCUGAGGACCACCAUAGUAGCUUUUUGAAGCACUGUCAGUUGAUUCUGUUCUUCCUACUGUAGGUGAUGUGGCUAGCAGACCGACACAGUGACCAGGAACUAUAUUCUGUUCUUCCUACUGUAGGUGAUGUGGCUAGCAGACCGACACAGUGACCAGGAACUAUAUUCUGUUCUUCCUACUGUAGGUGAUGUGGCUAGCAGACCGACACAGUGACCAGGAACUAUAUUCUGUUCUUCCUACUGUAGGUGAUGUGGCUAGCAGACCGACACAGUGACCAGGAACUAUAUUCUGUUCUUCCUACUGUAGGUGAUGUGGCUAGCAGACCGACACAGUGACCAGGAACUAUAUUCUGUUCUUCCUACUGUAGGUGAUGUGGCUAGCAGACCGACACAGUGACCAGGAACUAUAUUCUGUUCUUCCUACUGUAGGUGAUGUGGCUAGCAGACCGACACAGUGACCAGGAACUAUAUACAGCAGCCAAACACUGUGCUAAGAUCCACCUGGUCCAAAUUCACCAGACGGAUGAGUUCCUCAACCUGCCACUCUGUCUCCUCAUGGACAUUAUCAAAGGUACAUUUAUUGAUUGCUUGCUUGGAUUUUUAUAGCACUUCUAGUGCAACGCGCUUUACCUAGUAAUGGAGGAAACUUACCAUAUACCACCAUAUUUAUCACCCACCUGGGUAAUGCCACGGCAGCCAUUUUGUUGGGUCUUUUACCAUAAUGCUGUUCCCCAGACGGUGUUCCGACGUCUCAGAACCCCACGGUAGCCAUCGAAUCCUGGAUCAACCACAACAAGGUGGAGAGAGAAGAGUUCUCCACUGUUCUCCAGGAGAACCUCAAGGUACAGUGUUCUCAUUCUAGAUCCCUAAACUCUACUACAGGUCUCUCUCUUGAAUAUUUCUAUCUGAUGGGGAGUUUUGGGGGGGGGGCGUUUUUUGAGAUGCCCCCGGUUUUGUGGAGGUCAUAGCUAAAACAAGUUCAACAACACAAAUGUUUUUUUCCCCCUAAAUAAAUAAAUAUAUCAUUCUAUAAAAAAAGAUAUCCAGUUAUUCAUGUAAGGGAUGAUUAAUCCCCUCACUGUGUCUGGCCUGUCUUUGCAGGAGAUUGGGGAGAAGGUGCAUAUCUACCUUAUAGGUAAAGAGGAGACGAGGACCCACUCCCUGGCCGUUUCCCUGCACUGUGACGAGGACGACACCAUCAGCGUCAGCGGCCAGAACAGCCUGUGUCACCAGAUCACUGCCGCCUGUAAACACGGGCCGGACCUCUACGUGGUGGGGGGGUCCAUCCCUCGCCGCAUGUGGAAGUGUAACAUGCAGACUAUGGACUGGGAGCGCUGUGCCCCCCUGCCCCGAGACCGCCUCAGCCACACCAUGGUCUCCGUCUCGCUCCAGGACGCCGUCUAUAGUCUGGGAGGAAAGACGCUCCAGGACACACUCUCCAACGCUGUCAUUUACUACACGGUGAAGGACAACGUGUGGACGGAGACUAGCCCGCUGGAUACGGCGGUGUCUGGGGCGGCGGGGGUUAACCUGGGAGGAACCAUCUACGUACUGGGUGGGGAGGAGAACGACAUGGACUUCUUCACCAAGCCGUCACGACUCAUCCAGUGCUUCGACACGCAGACGCAGAAGUGCCAAUUGAAGCAUUACGUGCUGCCGUUCGCGGGAGUGAUGCACGCCGCCGCACACAUGGACCUGCUCUUCAUCGUUGCGGAGGGGGACUCCCUGAUCUGUUAUAACCCCCUGCUGGAGAGCUUCACCAGGCUGCGCUUCCCCGAGGUGUGGAGCUGUGUGCCGUCCUUCUGGAAGGUGGCCAGCUGUAACGGCUCCAUCUACGUGUUCAGAGAGAGGUGUACAAAAGGAGACGCUCACACGUUGAAGUUUAACCCCGCUACGUCAGUGGUGACUGUUAUCAAGGGGAUUAAGAUACUACUGACCAACUGGCAGUUUGUACUGGCCUGAAGUUUAACCCCGCUAAGGUGAGGAAUUUGAGAACAUACAGAGCAUUCGGAAAGUAUUCAGACCCCUUCCCUUUUUCCACAUUUUCUUACGUUACAGCCUUAUUCUAAAAUGGAUUAAAUAAAAUGUUUCCUCAUCAAUCUACACACUAUACCCCAUAAUGACAAAGCAAAAGCAGGUUUAGAUAUUUGUGCUAAUUUAUUACAAAUAAAAAACAGAAAUAUCUUAUUUACAUAAGUAUUCAGACCCUUUGCUAUGAGACUCGAAAUUGAGCUCAGGUGCAUCCUGUUUCCAUUUAUCAUCCUUGAGAUGUUUCUACAACUUGAUUGGAGUCCACCUUUGGUAAAUUCAAUUGAUUGGACAUGAUUUGGAAAGGCACACACCUGUCUAUAUAAGGUCAGUGCAUGUCAGAGCAAAAACCAAGUCAUGAGGUCAAAGGAAUUGUCUGUAGAGCUCCAAGACAGGAUUGUGUCGAGGCACAGAUCUGGGAAAGGUACCAAAAAAUGUCUGCAGCAUUGAAGGUCCCCAAGAACACAGUGGCCUCCAUCAUUCUUAAAUGGAAGAAGUUUGGAACCACCAAGACUCUUCCUAGAGCUGGCCGGCCGACCGAACUGAGCAAUCAGGGGAGAAGGGCCUUGGUCAGGGAGGUGACCAAGAACCCGAUGGUCACUCUGACAGAACUCCAGAGUUCCUCUGUAGAGAUGGGAGAACCUUCCAGAAGGACAACCAUCUCUGCAGCACUCCACCAAUCAGGCCUUUAUGGUAGAGUGGCCAGACAGAAGGACUCAGACCAUGAGAAACAAGAUUCUCUUGUCUGAUGAAACCAAGAUUGAACUCUUUGGCCUGAAUGCCAAGCGUCGUGUAUGGAGGAAACCUGGCACCAUCCCUAAGGUGAAGCAUGGUGGUGGCAGCAUCAUGCUGUGGGGAUGUUUUUCAGCGGCAGGGACUGGCAGACUAUUCAGGAUUGAGGGAAAGAUGAAUGGCGCAAAGUACAGAGUUCACCUUCCAACAGGACAACGAGCCUAAGCACACAGCCAAGACAACGCAGGAGUGGCUUUGGGACAAGUCUCUGAAUGUCCUUGAGUGGCCCAGCCAGAGCCCGGACUUGAACCCGAUCGAACAUCUCUGGAGAGACCUGAAAAUAGCUGUGCAGCGACGCUCCCCAUCCAACCUGACAGAGCUUGAGAGGAUCUGCAGAGAAGAAUGGGAGAAACUCCCCAAAUACAGGUGUGCCAAGCUUGUAGUGUCAUACCCAAGAAGACACGAGGCUGUAAUCGCUGCCAAAGGUGCUUCAUCAAAGUACUGAGUAAAGGGUCUGAAUACUUAUGUAAAUGUGAUAUUUCCGUAAUAAAUGUGCACAAAAAAUAAAAUGUGCACAAAAUUCAAGAAACAUGCUUUUGCUUUGUCAUUAUGGGGUAUUGUGUGUAGAUUGAUGAGGGGGAAAAAAACAAUUUAAUCAAUUUUAGAAUAAAGCUGUAACGUAACAAUGUGGAAAAAGUCGAGGGGUCUGAAUACUUUCCGAAGUCGUGGUCAAAAGUUUUGAGAAUGACACAAGUAUUGGUCUUCACAAUGUUUGCUGCUUCAGUGUUUUUAGAUAUUUUUGUCAGAUGUUACUAUGGUAUACUGAAGUAUAAUUACAAGCAUUCCAUAAGUGUCAAAGGCUUUUAUUGACAAUUACAUUAAGUUUAUGCAAAGAGUCAAUAUUUGCAGUGUUGACCCUUCUUUUUCAAGACCUCUGCAGUCCGCCCUGGCAUGCUGUCAAUUAACUUCUGGGCCACAUCCUGACUGAUGGCAGCCCAUUCUUGCAUAAUCAAUGCUUGGAGUUUGUCUGAAUUUGUGGGUUUUUGUUUGUCCACCCGCCUCUUGAGGAUCGACCACAAGUUCUCAAUGGGAUUAAGGUCUGGGGAGUUUCCUGGCCAUGGACCCAAAAUGUCGAUGUUUUGUUUCCCGAGCCACUUAGUUAUCACUUUUGCCUUAUGGCAAAGUGCUCCAUCAUGCUGGAAAAGGCAUUGGUCGUCACCAAACUGUUCUUGGAUGGUUGGGAGAAGUUGCUCUCGGAGGAUGUGUUGGUACCAUUCUUUAUUCAUGGCUGUGUUCUUAGGCAAAAUUGUGAGUGAGCCCACUCCCUUGGCUGAGAAGCAACCCAACACAUGAAUGGUCUCAGGAUGCUUUAUUGUUGGCAUGACACAGGACUGAUGGUAGCGCUCACCUUGUCUUCUCCGGACAAGCUUUUUUCCGGAUGCCCCAAACAAUCGGAAAGGGGAUUCAUCAGAGAAAAUGACUUUACCCCAGUCCUCAGCAGUCCAAUCCCUGUACCUUUUGCAGAAUAUCAGUCUGUCCCUGAUGUUUUUCCUGGAGAGAAGUGGCUUCCUCGCUGCCCUUCUUGACACCAGGCCAUCCUCCAAAAGUCUUCGCCUCACUGUGCGUGCAGAUGCACUCACACCUGCCUGCUGCCAUUCCUGAGCAAGCUCUCCACUGGUGGUGCCCCGAUCCCGCAGCUGAAUCAACUUUAGGAGACGGUCCUGGCGCUUGCUGGACUUUCUUGGGCGCCCUGACGCCUUCUUCACAACAAUUGAACCUCUCUCCUUGAAGUUCUUGAUGAUCUGAUAAAUGGUUGGUUUAGCUUCAAUCUUACUACCAGCAAUAUCCUUGCCUUUGAAGCCUUUUUUGUGCAAAGCAAUGAUGAUGGCACGUGUUUCCUUUCAGGUAACCAUGGUUAACAGAGGAAGAACAAUGAUUUCAAGCACCACCCUCCUUUUAAAGCUUCCAGUCUGUUAUUCUAACUCAAUCAGCAUGACAGAGUGAUCUCCAGCCUUGUCCUCGUCAACACUCUCACCUGUGUUAACGAGAGAAUCACUGACGUGAUGGCAGCUGGUCCUUUUGUGGCAGGGCUGAAAUGCAGUGGAAAUGUUUUUUGGGGGAUUAAGUUAAUUUUCAUGGCAAAGAGGAACUUUGCAAUUAAUUGCAAUUCAUCUGAUCACUCUUCGUAACAUUCUGGAGUAUAUGCAAAUUGCCAUCAUCAAAACUGAGGCAGCAGACUUAGUGAAAAUUAAUAUUUGUGUCAUUCUCAAAACGUUUGACCACGACUGUAGGCUGUUACAUUACAUGAACUGAGCACAAUAUUUUCUCUGUUUUCCCUUCCUCUCUAAUUGUCACUGAUGCUAUGAUGAUGUCAUACUCACUGUUCUAAAUCAUGUACAACAAUAAGUGAUGGGGAUAUUUUGAAAACCCCACGAUGGGAGAAUUCAGAGAUAUUAUUUUCCUGCAAUAUUCAAUUCUUGUGGAUGUUGGUUAUUGGAGUUAGAUUUGUUUCUUUAUUCUGUAAGUGUGUCUACCAUGAUCCAUGUGUAUAUUCAACGAAACUCACAUAAAAAUAUGAACUGUGAAUAUAUUAAAAUAUUUCGUAAAUAAAACCAUAAUAUGUUUAAAAAUAUAUAUAUUUCACAAAUUAAACCAUAAUCCUCCGUGAAUAUGUAAAAAUAUGUUAAAAAAUUAAAAAAUAUUCACCCAUAUGUCGCAAAUACAUCCCAUGAUUUGUAAAUAUAUUCAACAUAGCUCACAAAUGAAACUACAAUUUGAACAAAUGUAGAAAGAUUUGUGAGCAUAUGUUCGGACAUUCCUAACAUGUACAACAGAGGAACGUGCGUUUUGCGUAUUCAAAAAGUGCUUGUGGAUCUGUAUUCUGUGUUUUAAAGGACAGUAUUGCAAUCCACAAGUGUGACUUCAGAUGAGUCGGCAAUCUCUUUGUUUUACGCGUAGAGUUAUGACAUCACAGCAUUGUCAUUCGCAAUUUCUUGGGAGAACACUUUUUAGCUAGAUAAAUAACCACUUCAUGAAAUGUGACUAUAAUGUUUAUUUAUUCAACAAAUGUUAACCAAAUGACUUAAAUAUAAACGUUACAUUCGAUCAUUGGGGCAUGCAACUCCUAGGGUGUUCUUUAGACAUCUCGUCAGCUGUUUAGACAAACAACCAAAGUUAAAUUAACUACUUAAUUCUGCAAUGUGUCAAUUAUGAGGAACCGCUCAGUUUUAAAAUCAUGAAUUGUUGGAUCGGGCUAGCCAGCUAAUCUUUUUCAAUAUGUGAAUUGUUUGCAGGACAAAGCACUCUGUCCCGACUUGUGUGGUGGUAAGACAUUUUUACAUUAUCUGAUUAAAAACCUUAGAAAUCCAGCUUGCUGUUUUCUGUUUCAUGUAGGGUUGCUUCCAAGCAAUGCCUGGUUUCCAAACCAUGCAACAGCAUGUUAGCCCCUCCCAAUGCUUUGGGACUGUGCUUUGCCUCUUGAGUGUUCUGACUUCUGAGUAAUGGUUUACCAUUUUAUUGUCACUAGAACUCACUACUGUCAACAUGGGGUGAAGUAG